GGAUUCAACCCCUGCUACGCGAACGCAAUGUUGUUCUCGCCAGUCUCUCCGCCGUGACGAAGUUGAAAGUGAAAGUGUUUGAGGCGUUGUAUAGCACUUUCCUAGCAUGAGCAGGUUUAUGAUUUGGGGCAGACAAGCAAGAUAGUUGAAGGCAUCUAAGAUGGAUGGAAGAAAUCCUUGUGGAAGUGGAGGGACACUUCACUUCGAGACAGCACCCCUGAAGAUUGUUCGUGCUGAAAAGCAGUUUAUGACAGAUAACUUUGGUAUUCAGUACCUUGAUUGUGUUUCCAAUGUUGCACAUGUUGGACACUGUCAUCCUCAUGUUGUGGCAGCUGGCAAAAAUCAGAUGGCAACAUUGGUAUCAGCCCAAGGUUUUAUGAAUGAUGCCCUUACCAAAUAUGUGAAACAAUUGGUGAACAAACUACCAGAUAUUCUUAGCAUCUGCUACCUUGUUAAUUCUGGAUCUGAAGCUAAUGAUCUAGCAUUGAGAUUAGCACGUGCUUAUACCAAUAGGAAAGAUGUUGUUGUUUUUGAUGAUGCCUACCACGGGAACCUAGGAAACUUGAUUGAUAUUAGUCCGAAGAUGUUCAAACAAAUGCCACUGGGGAAGAAAGAAUUUGUUCAUGUCAUUCCAUGUCCAGACACAUAUCGUGGCCUUUACCGAGAGGAUGAUCUAAGAGCAGCUGAGAAGUAUGUGAAGGAAGCAGAACAUAUCAUUCACCAAGCCAUUAGAAGUAACAGAAAAAUAGCAUGUUUUGUCUCAGAAUCGAUAGUGGUCAAUUGUGGCGUCAUUGUUCCUCCAAGAAAUUACUUCAGACUCUUGUAUAACUUGAUCCAUGAAAUUGGAGGUGUUUGCAUUGCAGAUGAGGUACAGACAGGGCUAGGAAGAACAGGAGAAUACUUCUGGGCAUUUGAGUCUAUUACUAACUGGUGGCAGGGUGGUCUUUGUGUCCUUUUGGCUUGCAACAAGGACAUACAGUCUCCAAAAUCCACUCGACCAUUGCUCCACAAUCGACCAUGUCUUCAAAACCAUAUUGCCAGAAGUCUGCUGACCAGGAUGUUCGUUAGAGCAGGUAUUAAGCUGCCCCAGGAUAUAGUGGAAGGGCGCCGCCUGCCAGGCACCCGUAGAUCCAACGAAGGACCAGGAACUCGCCAGUGCAGGUACCGGUUGCCCUGGGAUGCUGUGGAAGGGCACUGCCUGCCUGGACAAUUGCAAAGCUACUCAAACUUCAGGAGCUCAUCAGCGCAGGUAUCAGCCACCCUGAGAUUCCAAAGAGGAAAGGUUAUGAGGACGAGUGGACGAGCCUGCAGCCGAGAUAGACCUAGACGAGAUCUACGAGGACAUGUGCACAAGAACGUUACCGAGUUAGCCCUGGACCAGGACUAUGAGGAAGUCUAGAUGAAUCUGAAGUCAAGGAGGACAUGUACGAAACUUUCGAGGACGUGUGGAUGUCAAGGACGGAUGGAUUACACCAGGGGCCAGGAAGAAGAGGACAACAAGGACGAGCAGCAUUGAAGAUGCACCAAGGACGACGCACACAAGAGAUGACCAGCAGAUCAGGACCAGCCAAAGUUGGGUCACCCUUGAGGCCAAUCUAAGGCGCCUCGAGAGCAAGGCGAGGGUAGGUGACAGAGCAGUGUGAAAUCCAUUAAUCAGUGGAAUCCAUUUGGGACCUGACUUCGCCUCGGCGACAACAGGAAACGUUCCGGAGCGGGUACCCAAUGGAAAACAGCUGUACCCCCACGCCCUAAGCUAGCUAGAAGAGAAGCAACCUAGCAUGACCCAAUCUUAGUUCAGUCUCAGCAAUCAUCGUGUCAAGGUUACCACCAACCUCCGGCUGUCCGGGUAGCUGGCCACAUACUGACACCGCACUCAGCGUCUCGUGUUCCCAUCACUGUAUAGUACUCUUCUUUAAUAAAGAGUCAAGCCGU